CCCUGAUAAUCUCUUCAUCUGAAGAAAGCUCGCAGUCAUGGCUGCACCAACAGAGAAUUUACUGUCCCUUGGGUUUCGAACCAGAACCAGGGAAAAUACUUUAACAAAGCAGAGGGAGUACUGUUUAAAGGAAAGUAGAGCGAUGCUCCUUCAGCAGCGUUUACAGGAACUGAAGGACAGAGAGCACCAGGCUCAAAGGCACAACAAGCAGCUGCUGCAGCAGUUUGAGAAGGCUCAGGACACACUGGAGGAGAUGUUGACCCGUAAUGCUGCCAUGAAAACUAUUCGGAUGGAAUAUGAGAGAUACUUAGAGGAGAACUCUCCCCGCUGGCAGCAGCAGCUACAAGAGGCAGCUCAGCAGAAGAAGAUGGAAGAUUGUUCCAGGGUAUAUCAACAGAAAUCAGAAGAAAACGAAGUGUUGACAUCCACAGUAGAUGCACCUGCGCUGUCACAUGAUCCUUCAAUGCAAAAUCAAAAAUGUGUUCCUUCCCAUGAAAACUCAGAUUACCCACAAAGUAGCUUCUCCCACCAUCCCUUCUCCCAGCUGACCUCCACUCAGACCCACACAGGCAGGUUUCCAGGAUUCCUCACAGCUCUUCAUCGCACCCACAGCCCCCUUUUCUUCCCUCCACCCAACUUCCUACUCCCUCACUCGUUUUUACUCCAACACCCAACCUCCUCGCUGGGUCAUCAGCGGUGGUCCAAGCAGGAGGCAUCAGGCUGGGACCCCGGCUCUUCGGGAUCUGUGGGCCGAUUCCACACAGAAAACCCCCCUCCAUCAAGUUUUUCUGUUGGGGAAGGAAAUGAGACAAGUGGAGCAACGAACACCAGUAAGAAGAAAGAUGGUGGUUUGUCUCCUGGUCUGGACGUUAAACCAGUUCGUCUGUCCAGCAGGCAUGAACAGAGCAGUGGGAGCAGCAGAGGUUCCCCUCUGGCUGGCAGAGACAAGAGGAAGAGGAAGAAGAAGAGAGGAAGAGGGCAGCAAUCAUCACCAGACUCUCAGAAGUCGUACGGGACUUCCAAUAAAAUCAUCGUUGCCUCGUUGGCAGCAGAUCAGAGCUCAGAAAGAAAUUCCUCAUCUGUGGGCAGCGACAGAAGCAACAGCAGCACCGAGAGAGAAGCUCCUGUUGGAUCUCCUCUACCUGAAGGAGAAACAGAGAACAGGAGAGAGGAUGAUGGGGAGAGCCAGCACUCGGAUGAGGAGGAGAGUAGUUUGAGUAAAAAGAUGGAGAAUCAAAGUCAUGAUGACAAAUCACUGAGCUGUAGAGCAGAGGAAUCAGGAGGAGACGUGGAAAAUAAAAGUAGAGCUGAAGAGGAAAUAGUUAGUCAGGAGGGAAGCAGUGAUGAAGAGAGGGAUGAGGAGGAGGAAACAAAAGAUUUGGAAGCUGGAGACGAGGAAAACAGCUGGAAAAGUCAGGAGCAAGUCGGUGAUGCAGAGGGAGAUGACGAGGUUUCUACAGGAAUUAAGACAACAGAAGACGUGGAGCAUCAGGAAGAUGAACAGUUAAAUAACAAAGAUACUAAAAUCAGAACGGAGAGUUCUGCCUCCUCACAGGAUGAAGAGGAGGAUGGAAGCGAAGACGAUGAGGAGUCAAAUAAGGAGGACAGGAAUGAUGAAGCAGAAGAUAGCUGCGAUUCGGAUGAAAUAAUUUCUCCACAAGAAAAAAGGUCUGAACAGAUGCAGACGAUUCCUGAGGAUGAUGAAGAUGAAGUUAAGACACAAUCUUCUGAUGAAUCCACCGAUGAUGCCAUCGAGAAUCUCCUCGCACCCCCAGGAGCAGGGAAAGUAGAAGAGGAUGAGCGCUCCGACCAAGAGCCCACAGCUGCUUGUCACAACAUGAACAUCUUCCAAGUGACGGACACGUCAAAGGUGGAUCAUAUCGGUGACUCGGACGAGUUUGAUCACUUCUAUGACUAAAUGUGUCAAAAACAAGUCGUGGCUUCAUUAAAGCAGGAGUCAGGUGAACAAAAUCAUGUCUUAUUUUUAUGAAAAUGAAACGUUCCUCAUCUGUUCAAACAUGUGAAAACACAGUUGAGAAAAUGCAUUUUUUUAUUUAAAUGAAAACAAAAAAACUGUACAAAUGCUGAUUUAUUCUCCUCUGCUGAACCAACUCCACCACGCCAUGCUUGAAUAUAAGAAAACACACAAAUAUUUCUCAUGGUUUCUAAAGGUCAAAGGGCACUCCUGGACACAUUUCUAAAACCUUCCUGGCUGUGAUUAUUACAGUUCAUUUCAGGUCCCAGUGGUGAUUUAAAACAUUCUGGUCAGAUUUUCACCACUUGAGCAGCCAAACAGGGGCUGACUCUCUGUCCGACCUCUGAUGAGGCGCCGUGCUGAAUCAACAUCCUGCUGUAAGUCCCGCCCACCUGACCUUUGGUCAGCCUUCCAGGAUUCACACAAACACAGCCGACCACAUCCUGGUGAUGGAUGAAGGGAGAUUUUUUUUUAAUUAUACGAUCAAAGACAGAGACAUUCUUGUGUUUUUGUUUUUACGGAGGGAAUAUUCUGCACCUUCACAAAGUAACGCAGCUCAGAUGGAAUGAUGAGAACGUCGGGGGUGAGCGGCAUCUGACCGAAGCUCUGGAACUUCUCAUAAUCCAUGUUCACCUCCUCCACAGAUUAGAAAGAGAAACCUGAACAGCUUCAGCAUAACCACCUCCUCUGGGUCAGCAUGUGCUUCAGGAUCCGUGAGAAUCUGUCCGAGCCGGUGCCGCUGCAACAUAACAGGUUUGUAAUCUUUUUAAAGUUCUGACUGAUGCAGAGCGGGGUUCUGUUACUGCCAAGUCUUCCUCACCUGCUGAUCUCCUCAGCACUGAUGUGGAACAGGAUGUCAGUGGACGUUAGGCCAAAGGUCACUCCAUUAAUCAGAAGGGUGCAGGGAUCGGAGACCAGGGUGACACGCUGCAGAGAAACAACAAUAACGCCCUUCGUUUACAAUGGAUCAGAUGCAGUAUGACGAUCCUCUAUAAUAACUCCGUAUGUGACCUGGAUCUGCUCCUUCCUGAGGCUGGGCAGGGUGAAGGGGGGCUGUGGGUAGAUGAAAUGAUGGUGGAUGUCUCUCUGAGACGGCACGAACACCAAGUGGCAGCCGACACUGGGACAGAAACACAAAGCUUCACUGAGGUGUAGCUUUAACAUGAUCAGAAGUUAUUUCUACAACUCAAACUACUUUUGUUCAAUAAAAUUGUAUUAAUUUAC